CUGGGGUCUUGCCAAGUGAUAAACAGACACAGGCGUGUGGUAGAUUUGGGGUUUUUCAGCACGAAUAGGGUAGCUGGCUUUUGCAUAGUUAAAGGCAUCAAUUAACUUCCAUGAUCAUUAUGGGAAUGCUGGCGUGAGGCCUUCAGGAGACAAUGGAGAAAAUAUGGACUUACUAUGUUGUCUGUACCAUUAUCCAGAUACACUUUGUGAGGGGAGUAUUGGAAGGAUCAUCCAAUGCAGAAGAAGACAUUUACGUCUUACCUGGCUCUGAUGUCAACCUGACUUGCCAAGCACACACGAAAAGCUUCUUGGUACAGAUACAGUGGUCCAGGCUCACCGAUAAGGUGGACCUGAUUGCCCUUUAUCAUCCCACUCAUGGCUUCUACUGUGCCAACCAGAGUCCCUGUGAGUCACUGGUGGCUUUCAGAGAAACUCCUGAGAAUGUGUCAGAGUGGACUCUGCACUUAAGGAACAUAUCCUCCUCAGUCACUGGAAAGUAUAAAUGUAGCUUCACUCUGUAUCCAGAGGGCAUUCACACGAAAAUCUACAACCUGUUCCUUCAGGCAGAUGUUACACAGGAUGAAUGGAGAAGCAGCCGUACAAUAGAAAUAGAGAUAAAUCGGACUCUGGAAAUACCAUGCUUUCAAAAUAUCUCCUUAGAAAUUUCACCUAAGCUCAACUUUUCUUGGCUGGUGGAGGGUAAUGGAACGCAGGAAACACUUAUCACCCAAGAUCACCCCAUCAGCAGUUCCACAUUUUUUAAAGACAGAGUCAAGCUGGGUACAAACUACACACUCCACCUCUCUCCAGUCCAAAUCCACGACGAUGACCAGAAGUUCUCUUGCCACAUUGUAGUCAGGCCUGGCAAAAUCUUGGCGAGCUCCACCACGGUCAAGGUUUUUGCUAAGCCAGAAAUCCCCAUGAUUGUGGAAAAUAAUUCCAUGGAUGUCCUUGGAAAGAGAAUAUUUACCUGCUUACUGAAGAAUGUAUUUCCAACAGCAAAUCUCACAUGGUUUAUAGAGAGAAACUUCCCUCAAGGUGAAAGAAAAGAAAUAUACAUUGCUAAUGAAGAGAGAAAAGACAAAGGUGGAUUUUUGGAACUGAAGUCUGUUUUGACAAGCUUGUAUGAUAAUAAACCAGCCCAAUCAGAUAACCUGACCAUCUGGUGUAUGGCUCUGUCUCCGGUCCCUGGAAACAAAGUGUGGAAUAACUCAUCUGAAAAGAUCACAUUUUCCUUGGGCUCAGUGAACCCUCCAACAGAGCCUCUGCUCAGUGCUUCAGAAGUUACUCUUGGCAUCCACCCUUCUCCAGCCCACAGCACAUCUCCUGCAACCAGUGAUUCCACUGUGACUACCCGAGGCUUCAAUUACUCCCAGACUUCCAGUGGGAAAGACCCCAAAUAUUCUUCGUGGAUGCCCAGUGAAACAUACAGUCCAUCCUCCUUGGGUGCAAGCUCAACAAUUCAUGGUGACAUCUUCACCAACACAACCGUAGCAUUUUCAGAAGUUCCCACAACUGCCAAUGGAUCUACUGAAAAUAAUCACAUGCAUAUCCCUGGGAUUGUAGUCAAUAAGCCCAAAGAUGGAAUGUCCUGGCCAGUGAUUGUAGCAGCUUUGCUUUUUUCCUGUCUCGUACUGUUUGGUCUUGGAGUGAGAAAAUGGUGUCAAUACCAAAAAGAAAUCAUGGAACGACCCCCGCCUUUCAAGCCACCUCCACCUCCCAUCAAGUAUGUUUGCAUUCAAGAGCCCAUUGAAAGUGAUCUGCCUUGUCACGAGAUGGAGACACUCUAGUCGUUUGAGACUUUGCCACACAGCAGAACUCCGCUAGAAUCUUACUGAAAAAGUGUAUAUUGUGCUUUAUUAAUGUAAUCGCCCUCUAGCCAAGCCUCCCCUGCAGCUGAAAUGGAUGUCAGAAGUGAAUGACCUGUUUUCCCCAGCAACUCACCAUCUUUCAUCUGCAUAUGCCUGAAAUUUAAACAAGAGUUUAUGUGAAGCUGACACCAGUUGUGAUCUAUAGGGAUUUUCUUGCUCGUGUAACAAGUGCAGAGUCGGCUGCUGUCAUUAAAAAAAUACUUGCAGUGGUUUUAUUUUUCAUGUUAAUUCUCUGAUUGAGGUGAUGACAGUGGUUUCAAGCUUAUGCCCAUACCAGAUCCUGUUCUCUUAAAGCAUCUGCCGGCAUUCGACACCAUCCAUCAAAAUUAUGAUAAUCUCUAAGGUUUGCUGCAUUCCCUAUAAAAAUUACAAAAGAAGAAAAUGCGAAAGUUCAAAUUCUAGAUAAUGGGAAAGUGCAGCUAGUCUUUGUACUGAAGUUCAGUUGUUUAUUUUCAGUGGAGGAAAACAGAAUUCUUUUUGCACAAGAACCCCAGUUCCCAUCCUCACUCUUCUUCCAUCAUCUCAGCCCAGGCUCCUGCCCAUGGGAUGAAGAGGGAGAACAGGCCACCUGGCCUAGAAGAUAAAAUACUCCAUUGGCCUCUAGAAUUUGAGCUAAGAAUGGUUUCAUUCUUGGCUUUACUUCUGUGUGUGUGUGUACAUCAGACUAUUGGCAAACUUGUUGUAUACAUAAACAGGCAGGCUAAUCCCAAUCCAACUCAUUCAGGUCCAGUUAUACUCAUUUUCAUCUGGGGACUUUCCUGCUCCUCCAAUCUGCCUAUUUGGAUCUUUCCUUAAACAAAUAAAGAGCCUCAAAUCAGACUAGCAUUGAUGAAUUAACCCUACCAAUCGUUUAUAAAACAGUUCAAACAGAACACAAAUAAGUGAUGGAGAAGAAACCUCGUCAGCCUGACCUGCUCCAUAUUCAGCACCACUCAGUGAAUGAAUAAAUUACCGAUACCCCUCGUUCGUCUAAACCUUCCCCACACCCCUUCUCUAGGAGGGGAGAACACGUGUUGCUAAUAGAUGUAAAAGGCAAAUUUCGUGUGAACUUCAGACAAUCGCAAACUUUAGUUCUUUUGCAGUGUACUUACUCCUGGCCAGACAUGAGAAUGACUGGGAGAGUGUUGUUUUUGAAACAUCAUGACAAGGAUGUCAGCACAUGCAGAAUACAGAACUUCUCCACAAAUAAUAUUUAACUAGGUUCUUAAGUGCAGAAAUGCAUGUAAGGUCAUAUGGUAAAAAGAUAUGGGAUUAAAUACUGAUGAAAAUGCAAGUUCAUUAUAAAUUUCUUUGUAAUUAUUUCUUUUCUCCAUUAAUUCUUUCAUAAGCUUUUUUAUCCUAUCAUUCACUUAUUUCCCAAACUUCUUGUAUUAAAAUAAUGAUAAUGAUUUUAUUUAAUUGAGGUAUAGUUGAUUUACAAUGUUGUGUCAAUAAAAAAGAAAAAAAAAUUACGGCCGGAGUUCCUGUUGCGGCUCAGCAGUAAUGAACUCAACUAGUAUUUGUGAGGACGUGGGUUCAAUUGCUAGCCUUGCUCAGUAGGUUAAAGGAUCUGUGUUGCCUUGAGCUGUGGUGUAGGUCGCAGACACGGCUCGGAUCCCAUGUUGCUGUGGCUGUGGUGUAGGCCAGUAGCUACAGUUCCGAUUCAGCUGCAGCUCCGAUUGGACCCUUAGCCUGGGAACUUCCAUAUGCCGAGGGUGCGGCCCUUAAAAAAAAAGCAUCAUGUGAAAUCAGAACCUCUGUGGCAUCAGCCUUCCUAGAUGAUUCAAGUUUUCAGCCAAAUUUGAGAACUCCUGAGCCAGAAGAUGUCCCUUCUCAUUGAUCAGAAUCUUGAUAGAGUGUAACUCUUGUGGUGGCCAGCCUCCACAAUGUCCCCCAGGAUUCUUGCCUCUUAUAUAGGCCUCUCUGAUGCUGAAUACAGCUGACUCAUAUAGCUGGUCAGAGCUGGGAUAAGGCGAACAAAGCACAUGGAGUAUAAAAUUUAAGGAGGUGUUCACGCUCAGAGUCAUGGAUUUGUACAAGCUUGUGAGUGAGUACCAAUCCCAGGCCUGGUAUAACCAAUAAGAUAUCACAGAAAUAACCAGAGUGCGGGUUCCAAAGCUAGGUCAUAAAAAUACUUUGUAGCUUCUGCCUCCAUCUCUCUUUGAUCACUUGUUAUGGAAGAGGUCAAUUGUCAUGCUGUGAGGACACUCCAAUAGCCCUACCAAAAGGUCCUGCUGCCAAGGAACUGAGGCCUCCUGCUAAUAGCAAGAACCCUGAGCCAGGCUCUUAAGUAAGCUAUGUUGGAAGCACAACCUCCAGCCCCCAUUCAAGUUUUCAGAUAACUGCAUCCUCAUUGAUGUUUCGGCUGGACCUCAUGAGAGCCACAACUACCCAGCUAAGCCUCUUCUGAAUUCCUGAGCAGCAGACACUGUGAGAUAACAAAUAUUUAUUAUUUAAUAAGUUUGGGGUGUAAUGUAUUACACAGUAAUAGGUAGCUAAUACAGCUCAAAAAAUGGGGAAAUAAACUAAUGUUUGCCUGCUUUAAUUACCCUCAAUUUCUUUUUUUUUUUUUUAAUUUUUUUAUUUGCCCACUGUACAGCAAGGGGGUCAGGUUAUCCUUACAUGUAUACAUUACAAUUACAUUUUUCCCCCACCCUUUGUUCUGUUGCAACAUGAGUAUCUAGACAGUUUCUCAUUGUUCUCAAGAAAGAAAUAAGACUAAUUUCAUAUAUGUAUAUAUGACUUGCUUCUUGUGUAGUUAUUUUUAUUUAAUACAAAUUAAUCAUCAGUAAUUUGUAUUAAGGUCAUUGUGGUUUUAUUAUUUCAUUAGGAGACAUGAAUACAAGUAGAAAUAUUGAGGUAAAAAGUGGCAGAUUUUGGGGAGUUCCCGUCGUGGCGCAGUGGUUAACGAAUCCGACUAGGAACCAUGAGAUUGUGGGUUUGGUCCCUGCCCUUGCUCAGUGGGUUAGCGAUCCAGCGUUGCUGUGGCUCUGGAGUAGGCCGGCAGCUACAGCUCCGAUUCGACCCCUAGCCUGGGAACCUCCAUAUGCUGUGAGAGCAGCCCAAUAAAUAGCAAAAAGACAAAAAAAAAAAAAAAAGUGGCAGAUUUGGACAAUGUUUGGAUUGUUUCACUAAAGGCAUAGACAGUUGUAUAGUACAAUAUGUCAUGCAGUUUUUUAAUAUAUCAUAUGGCAAGUGUUUCACAGUGUUUUUGUCUUAGCUUCCUCUUUGAAGUACCCUCUUCUGAUUUUAUAAAUAAGUUCUGAUCAGCAUUUGUAAAUUCAUCUCCAACUCAAAUAGAGUGAACAGUUGCUUAUUCAUGUAGGAAUGUUCAUCCAUGGUUCAGAGAAAUUUUCUGAAAAAUUGAAGGAUUCUAGAUGCUUUUCAGGCAGCAUUAUGAUCUUGACCUCCUUCAUUUGACUAAAAUGACACUUUAACCUGGACCUUAAAAUUGCGUGCAAGUAAGUUCAUAGAAUCUGUCUCAAACCAGCAACACUUUUCUCUAGAAGUGGAUUUAGUUCUAUCUCACAGGAGAAGUAGCAACAUUAGACUCUAAUCCCUAAGAAUUCUGCAUGUCUUAAUUACUGGCUUUGUUUUCACUGAGAAGAAGCCAUAUGUAAAUAUUUUCAUCACUAAUUUCCAAAACAUGGUAUGUUAGGUAACAUUGUUGUUCAGAAAUAUUCACUUCUUUACUCACCUGCAUCAUGAGAACUCUUGACUUAGGGCUUGGCCAUGUGAUUUACUUUGAACGAUGGAAAAUCAUGGACAUGAGUAACCCAAGACUUUAAAGUUGCUUGUAUGAUUGGACUUGCUCUCUUUUUCUCUACCAUUACUGUAAGAAGAACAUUUUCAGGCUAGCCUGCUAGCUCCAAGAAGAAAAUGAGACUUAUGGAUCAGAGCAGAACCACCAAGCCAUGCCCAAUCUAGAUCGACCAACCUCCAUCCUAACUCAAAUGUGCAUUGUUAGAUACUAUUAAAUAUUGUUCCAGGCUACUGAAAUUGUGUGAUUGUUACACAGAAUUAUUGUAGCAAAAGUUAACCUAUACACAUAAGUCCUGAGCUAGGCACAUUUUAGGUCAUAUGCAAGAGCCUAAGGUGAGGAUGAAAUCAAAUUUAAUUGAAAUAGUCUUUCCCUUGAUUCAACAUAAAUUUGUUUUAACUGAUGAACAUGUAGUUGGCUUGAUCAAAUUAAUUUUGCAGUGUAGAUCUUUAAAAUUAUAAAAUAUUUUAUCAUGAUGGGCAUUAGAGGUCAUAUUGCAAAUAGUUAGAGACUGUGAAAUUGACUUGCCCAAGGUCACAUUAUUAGAAGUGAUAAAGCCAAAAUGAUAACCCAGCUCUCUGAUUUCCAGUCCAGAUUGUGAUCAGUCUCCAAUAUAUCAUGAUAUUUAAUUGUUGUGGUAUCUCCUUUUACUAUAAACAAGUGUUUGGAGUGCACUUAAGUAAAUACUGAAUAUUUUAAUGCCCAGGUGGUAUAUCCCACAUAUGAUAAUAGAAGACAAAGAAAAGUAAAAAUAAUUGCACCCUGCAGUGAGAUGACCAGGAAAGUGUGCAAAAAAAAAAAAAAAAAAAAGUGAGUAGGAGAUGAAAAGA